UCUCUCCUAUGCGUCUCUCUUUCUCUAACCUUUAUUAUUGCUCAAGCUUUAAACUUCGAGCGGGAGUCUUUAGAAUAAGAUUUGGUAAAAAUUUUGUAAAUAAAAGCUGGAGAACUCACCAUGUACUCUUCGUAGCGGAAGUCUCGGAUUGAAAAUCGGGCACAAUUUGUCUCCGAAAUCAACUCUUCUUCAUUAUUUGAGAAGAGAAGGCUGUGAUGAAUCUAAUUCCAGCAUCGUGGAAGAUACUAUGGGAUGUGUGGGAUGUUCGGAUGCUGGUUCUAUUUAGUCUCACUUUACAAAUCAUUAUUUUUGUCUUUGGCAAACGUAGAAAGAAUAUGGCGUCACAAUGGAUUAAUGUGAUUGUUUGGUUGGCCUACAUAAUGGCCGAUUCAGUGGCAACUAUUGCCCUCAGCAAGCUCUCAGAUACCCAAAAUAAUAUUCCUAAUCCUAAUAAUGCAUUACAGGCAUUAUGGUCACCCUUACUUUUAUUGCAUCUUGGUGGCCCAGAUACUAUAACUGCUUUUUCAUUAGAAGAUAAUCAAUUGUGGAUAAGGCACUUUUUGGGCAUGGGUAUUCAAGCUACUGUGGCAAUUUAUGUCAUUGUUAUGUCUUGGAGGCAUUUCUGGUUUUCAUUUAUGUUAGUUCCCGCAUUCGUGGCUGGAAUUAUUAAGUAUGGGGAGAGAACAUGGGCUCUUAAGUUAGCAUGCCGGGAUGGGUUCAGAAGCUUUGUACCCUUUUCUCUUGAUCUAUAUGAUCUAUACAAACGUAAACCUGCUCGCCUUAUCAAACAAGAUGAGAGAGAUGAAUUUUUAGGUAUGGCCUGCAUACUGGUGGAGAGAUUUAAAAAUUAUAUAGAGAAUUAUGACAUUGGUAGAUAUGCAUUCAUGCCACGGUAUCCUAACAAAAUAUUUCUGAAUGCAAUGAAUCUGGGUGAUGAUACAUAUAUUGGGGAUAUAUUGGAGGUUGAAAUAGGGCUCAUGUACGAUUUGUUAUACACAAAAGCACCCAUAACAUUUACCAAGAGAGGGUGCAUUUUUCGCUCUAUCAGCUUCAUGUGUACGGUGUCUGUGUUGGUAGGACUCUUCCAGCUUAUCGCCAUGGAAGCGAAGUGGCACAAGCAGCACUACUCCAUGGUUGAUAUUAUCAUCGCAGGGGUAUUAUUGGUCGGAGCUCUAGCUUUGGAGAUUUAUGCAGUCAUUUUGUUAUUAUUCUCUGAUUGGGCGAUGCUUUGGCUAAUUAAGUGCGGCAGAGGCAAAUGGGCAAUCCAAUUGUUGCAGAAAUUUCCUUGGUUUUUUGAAAAGAAGAAGUGGUCUAAAAAUAUGGGGCAAAUCGAUCUAUUCGAAGAGGAAAACAAGCGUCCAAAAUGGUGUAGAAUACUUGAGUGGUUGGGGAUUCAGGACGAGUUCCAAAGGCACAUGCAUAGUAUCCCUCCGACGCUAUAUCCUAUGAUUAAACAAUUUAUUUAUCGUGCCGCAAACAACUCGAUUGACCUUGGGAGUCUUGAGGGGUUCUUUGGCUCUAUAGCUUUUCAUGACCAAAUUAUUAUUAUGCACUUCAUAACAGAUAUAUUAUACGGUUUUUUUGAUGAUGCUAGUAAGUCAGAGUCAGAUUUAGAGUCGGCUACAGGCACUUCCGAAAAUAGUGCUAACUCAUGUGGACAUCAUGAUGACAAGGAAACAUGCAAAACUCUAUCAAAUUACAUGAUGUAUCUACUCCUCACCUGCCGUUCGUAGUUGCCCAUUGUUGUAUCGGAUAGGCAGUUGAUGGCUUACAUACGCAAUGCCCGUUUUCGUUUCAG